UCGGGCACCGAUCCUGCGAGGUCGAGCACCGACCCUCCGAGGUCGGGCACCGACCCUCCGAUGUCGGGCACCGAGCCGGCGAGGUCGAGCACCGACCCUCCGAAGUCGAGCACCGACCCUCCGAGGUCGGGCACCGAGCCGGGCGAGCCGCAGAAGCCUCCCUACUCCUACGUGGCGCUGAUCACCAUGGCCAUCCGCGCCAGCCCCGAGAAGCGGCUCCCCCUGAGCGGCAUCUACGCCUUCAUCGCCGAGCGCUUCCCCUACUACCGCGGCGGCUCCCCGGGCUGGCAGAACAGCGUCCGCCACAACCUCAGCCUCAACCCCUGCUUCCGACGCCUGCCCCGCCGCGGCUGCCGCGGCGGCGACUGGGCGCUGGAUCCCGCUUUCCGCGACAUGUUCCCGGAGGGCGAUUACCGCCGGCGCCGCCGCCGCCCUCGCUUCCCGACCGCAUCUCCUCCUCCUCCUCCGCCGCCGCCGCCGCCACCACCGCCACCACCGCCACCACCGCCAUCCGCGGAGCCCUGGUCACCGCCACCACCGCCGCCCGCCGAGCCCUGGUCACUGCCACCACCGCCGCCGCACCCUCUGCCUCCAGGGCCCUGGUCACCGCCGCCCGCCCCGCCGCAUCCUCUGCCCCCAGAGCCCUGGUCACUGCCACCACCGCCGCCGCAUCCUCUGCCCCCAGAGCCCUGGUCACCGCCGCCCGCCCCACCGCAUCCUCUGCCCCCAGAGCCCUGGUCACCGCCGCCGCCCCCGGCCCCCGCAGGGUGCUCACACGGGCCCUGGGCAGCGGUGACGCUGCCCUGCGGGUGCCUCUGCCCGGAGCUGCCCGGCUGGGCUCCCCCCGGGUACCCGGGGCCGCCGCAGGGCUACCCCGCCCGGCCGCUGGAUGCGGGGAUGCCCUGCGAGCCGGGCGCCGGGAUGUCACCCUCCUUCAGGUGAACCCCCGGCCGGGCUCGGGGCGCUGCUGCAUCGCCGCGGGAUCCCCGAGAAAGUGAUUGAAACCCACUGGGUUCCUGAGAAAGCGAUUUCAAACCUCCCGGGAAGCGCCGGAGGAAGAGCGGCGUGAAAAGUAGCCCCGCUGCGGUGACUUGAGAUGCGCCUCUUGUCUCGCUCCUCCGUGCCCCGAGGAGGAUGAGUUCCUCUUUUCCACUGCUGCAUCGGUUUGGAUUUGGGGAAGGGGGGGAUUAUGGUUUUGUUGUUCGAAACUUCAGGCAGGGAAGAAAUUACGGGUUUUGAUGUUUGAACCUUCAGGCAGGCUGAGAGGGAGCUGCAGAACGCGGGCGACCUCUGAAAGUACACGAGGAGGAGUCAGGCACGUGCUACUCCUCGGUUCAUGCAGGGAAGUUAUUUUUUUUUUCAAGUGUCCUUAAUUUAUUUUGAAGCUUUUCUUUCAAGGUUUAUGGAAAAGCAAUAUAUAUGUUGUGGGGUUUUUUUUGGGGGGGGAUUUUUACCAACAAACCCCAAAGGUAUUUGGGUUAAUACUGGAAACCUUGUGGGUUUGUAUUUGAAGUGAAUUUAUGUGGGAUUUUUCAUACGGGUAGUUUUAUAUUGUUGCUGGUUAUGUAUGUUUGCAUACGUUCAUUGUUAACAAGUUUCUUAUAAAUUACUAUGUAAUACUGUUUUCCCUUUGGAUUUCAGAGGGAGUAGUUUUUAUGCUUUUCUCUCAGAAGGAGGGUUCAGAAACAAAAUGUUCUUCCAAUAAGAACCGCGUUUUAAGGGAGAGAAGAAUUCAAAUACUGUUAUGUGAAGAGCAGCACUUAUUGUAUGUUAUAUUAAUAGGUAGUAUUUUCUAAGAGUUGUGGCUUCAAAAAGUACUUAAACUGUUUUGAUGCUUUUCUUGAAAGCAGGUACAACUAAAAUCCAGUUUUAUAGUUAUUUUACAUUUUUUUAUAGUUAUGAAGUGAUUCUGAAUGUCAUCUUUAAAUUCUACCAAUGUGAUAUAAACAGUGAAAUACUGUUAGAUUUAGCUUUAUGGUUGUUUUUACAGGGUGUUAACACAUUAAAGAUGCUGCAGUUCUGUCACGUUUCAAGUUGUUUUUUCUUUUCAUCUCAUUUUUCAUGUAGCUCCUGAUAUCUUUAAACACCAAACCAUUUGCUAUAUUUCGAAGAACGGUAUUUGAACUCUGAUUAUAAAAUCGAUUAAGUGCCCAAAGUGGGAACGCAGGUACAUAAGGAUUGCUGUAUUUUGAAGCUCUUGGUAACUGUGUGUAACUGAAACAAAUUCUUCUGGGGUUUUUGUUCUAAUUAAGGUAUGGUUCUGUUCUGCUUGGCAAAUUUGUAAAGUGCCUGCUGCAGUUUAGAGCAUAUGUGAACAAUUCAUAGAUGUAAAACUCCAGCUGCUGAAUUUUGGGUAUUGAGUUUGACCUCUGCACUCCCAUUAAUUCCGCAGUGCACACGAUUAGGGAAAUAGGAAGGGUUUCUGAAAGUCUGACUCUCUUUGUGUGCCUCGCACUGGUGGUUUUAUCUGGCUUUUUCUGAUUUUCCAUGGCCCAGGUACAGGUCCGGUACAUGCGGUCUCCUUAGAAAGCCGGCGGUGGGCCCCGUGCAGGAUGAAACCUGUCCCCGGGAUGGGGUUUUAAGAAGGAUUCUCUGUGUGUUCUGGGUGGGGUUUGAUGUGAAAUACCCUCUCUUGGAGACAAGCAGCGGCUAUGCCCGUUCCUGAAGGGCCAGUACAUCAUUUUUCCCAGGGAACCUC